AUGCCAAUCGUAGAGCAAUACACCGGCACCACUGACCCAGAGGAUCACCUGGAAACCUUCAAAUCCCUCCUGUUCUUCCAAUGUGCUUCAGACGCCAUAAUGUGCAGAGCCUUCCCUUCCACUCUGAAGGGGGUAGCGCGUCAAUGGUUUUCUCGCCUCCCCCCACGAUCUUUCUCCAAUUUCACAGCCUUGGGACGGGCCUUCCUGGCUCACUUCGUAAGUAGCAGGGUACACAAGAAGACAGCUGCCAAUCUCCUGGCCAUAAAGCAACAGCCAGAAGAAUCCAUCAGAAGUUUUCUCACAAGAUUUAAUAAAGAAGCUCUGCAGGUGCAAAACCUGGAUCCAAUAAUGAAAUUCCAAGCUCUGCGAAGUGGAAUCCGAGAUAUCGAGUUGAAAAGUCAUUAA